AUGGGUUACCUAUUUUGUUUUGGUUUGGUUCCUGCAAAGUUUCACCAGUUUUUUCGUCUGCUGCGAUCGCGUAAAAUUUUUUUGUGUUGCGCCGAUUUUGCAACUGUACUACAACAUCCUGCCGGUGCUGUUCUACUACGGAAUGGCCAACAGCGAUCAGGAAUACAAGAUGCGCUUCCGGGCGGAGAUUGUGGUGCUGCCGAAGAACGGUCACUUUGCUCUGUCGGCCGCGACCGGAGUGCUUGCCGGCGAUCACGACUGUCCCAUUUCCUGACUACUUGGUUGCAUAUUCCGGGUCAGGUCACGGAGGAGCAGACGAAGUUAGGUCUGGAGAACUGGUUCGAUGAGUACAACGCUCGCGAGCUCCGUCAGAUUUGGGAAGCUAAAACGGCCACGUACAACCAGCUGCGAACGAUGAACAGCAAGCUGGACGACAUGCAGAACUUGCUGAACAAAAUGCGCGAUGGAAUGAACCAGGUGAAGCAGGGCGUGGCGAGCGUUAAGCAGAGGAUGCAACAGUCGCAAUCGCAAGCCAAUGUGCAAUGCCAGAACUGACGGCCUUCCUGAUGACGAUCGUGAUGCACCUGCUGGUAAUAGUCGCGUACAACAUGUAUAGCCGAUUGCUGAGCCGCACAGGCAAAAAGUUCUACUAGAGACUAUACUUUCCGGCCAGCUGUCUGUACGCGCCAAGGAUGAUUGCGUCCAGUGCUUUGCGAAGCGGUAUACAAUUGUAGUCGUGAGGAGGCAGCCGGCGCGG